CAGAAAGCGGCGUAGAUCAAAGGACGUACAUAAAGCAUCGCUGCGCAUGUGCUGCGGUUUCCAGGGGUUGCGCACAAAUAAACGAUGCGUAGAAUUAAAACGGCAGGUUCCGCUGUGUGCGUGGCUGCAGCUCUUCUCCUGAUAUCCUGUUUGCUCCAAACGGCAGAGUGUCUUCACUUGAGGAAAACGGAGAGACGAGCAGCGCAGCGGGAGCCCGGGCCCCGCACCGAUGCGGGCGUUCAGGAGGGGCAAGUCAUCUUUGGGGAAAUUUCCGAGAAGGUCACAGAUAAUAAAAGCAAGAAAACUUCUAACGCUUCUGCAGACGAUGAAUCGGCUUACCAAGCAGAUUUUCCAGGAUGGUAUAAGGUAAAUAUGGAGGAUCCUGCAUCCAAAGACAAGUGGAAGCAAAUGGCAACAUCCCUGUAUUGUUUUGGGGAUCACAUGAAGUUCAGGUCACUUGGUCCAGGUGCUUCACAGUUUGAAGUCGAGCAAGCAAACAAACAGUCCCUACCUCUGUCCAUGGUACCCCAAAAAUGUGGCUACAACAUGCUUGGAAACUCCCUGGCAUUUGUUUUGACUGUUCCUUACAGUGGCUGCCACAUGCGUCAUCAGGGUGGAGGUUACAAGCUGCCACUGCGUUGGAAGGGGCAUCCUCUGUCACUUAUGUGUCCAAAAAGAGCAGCAAAUUUUCUAUCGAACCUCUUCCACAACUGGGCUCAUAAGCAUCUCUGGCCUCGUAGGCAUUAUUGGCCUCAAAUGCACCACUUGCAUGUUGUGCCACCAGUUUCACCUCAAGAUCCUCAGGUUCUGAACUUUCCUCCAGUUUGGCCUCAGAACCCCCAGAUCCAGGUCCUACCCCCAAACCUUCCCCAGCCUCAAGAUCCUCAGGUUCCAAACUUUCCUCCUCUUUGGCCUCAGAACCCCCAGAUUCAAGUCCUACCCCCAAACCUUCCCCAGCCUCAAGAUCCCCAGGUUCAGAGCUUUCCUCCUCUUUGGCCUCAGAACCCCCAGAUUCAAGUCCUACCCCCAAACCUUCCCCAGCCUCAAGAUCCCCAGGUUCAGAGCUUUCCUCCUCUUUGGCCUCAGAACCACCAGAUUCAGGUCCUACCCCCAAACCGUCCGCAGCCUCACGAUGUUCAGAUUCAGAGCUUUCCUCCAGUUUGGCCUCAGAACCCCCAGAUUCAAAUCCUACCGCCAUACUUUCCACAGCCUCAAGAUCCCCAGGUUCAGUCUCUUCCACCAUUUAAUGCAGCUCCUCAGGAUCCUCCUAUUCAGGUUUUGUCACCAAAUCUUCCCCAGCCUCAAGAUCCCCAGGUCCAAGUUUUACCACCUGCUCAAGACCAAAACAAAAUUCAGUUUCCAUCACUGUUUUAUGACAUGCCUCAGGUUCCGCCUCAGAGCCCUCAAGUUAACGUUCCUCCACCAGUUUACAACCUUCCUCAAGGUAACUUCUUUCCAUACCCGUUUUUCCCUUACUUCUAUGGCGUGGCACCUGAUGCAGAAAAGUUUUCCAAGUAUCCACCUCACUCUCAUCUCCAGUUCUCUUUUGGCCAAACUUCAGUUGCAGCACCAGAAACAACUGCAGCACCAAAAGUAAAGCUUACCCAGGAUGCCUUCUUCUCACAUUUCCCCAUGUCCUAUGGCCACCACCUCUCAGAAUUGGCUCCUGAAGCUCAAUAUCCAGAAGUGAAGACGACAGCACCUCCAACUACAACUACACAGACUCCAAAAAAUGUUCCCUUACAGUUUUAUGUUCCUGACAAUUUGCAGUUUUUUCCAUAUGAGCGUAUGCCUUUUUCCCAGAUGUAUCCAUAUUUUCUAGGCUGAUCUGAAAGGACUGCAAUAAAUGUUUUGAAUAACAA